GGUACAGAAGCUGCUGCUACCGGACUCUAACGUGGUGAAUGCAUAUCCACAGACUUAGCUCCGGUUAUCGUUGCAAAUUUAAAGUCUUAUGCUGUUUUCCAGACGCCGGGUAGUCGAGCGUAUGCUGCCAUGAGUGCUCUGUGUCGUGUAAUCCAGAGAGGACUGCUAAACUGCCGGCCGUCGUGUCGUUUCGUAAGCGGACAGCAGGAUGUGUGCGCCGCGUCUACGGCGGUGCGGGCGUCCAGCACAUCCAGCCCCGUCAACUUGAGCUAUGAUGUCUUUGAUGGGAAAGGAGAGAGCACUCCGCUGGUGUUUCUGCAUGGCCUUUUUGGCAGCAAAUCUAACUUCCAUUCAAUAGCCAAGUCCCUGGUGCAACGUACAGGCCGGAAGGUGCUGACUGUGGAUGCUCGUAACCAUGGCAACAGCACGCACAACCCUGUGCUGACAUAUGAGGCAAUGACCAGCGAUUUAAAACACCUUCUCACCCAGCUGCACAUUGACAAGUGUGUCCUGAUUGGGCACAGCAUGGGAGGGAAAGUAGCCAUGUCAACUGCCCUGACGCAGCCCAGUUUAGUGGAGAGACUGGUGGUAGUGGACAUCAGUCCAGCCCAGACCACCACCCGCACCAACUUCCGCUACUACAUCCAAGCCAUGCAGGAGGUGAAAGUGUCCAGUGACCUCCCACGUUCCACUGCCAGACGAAUGGCCGAGGACCAGUUGCGCAGUUGUCUAAUCAUAUACUGUGUUUUUUCCCCACAGGAGCAUUCAGUGCGUCAGUUCCUGCUGACUAACUUGGUGGAGCAGAACGGUCAGUACGCUUGGAGGGUGAACUUGGAUGCCAUCUCAGCGCACCUCGAGGACAUCAUGAGCUUCCCCAGCUUCAACACAACCUAUGACGGACCCACACUGUUCUUGGGUGGAGCGAGCUCUGCUUACAUCAGCUCCGAGGAUUACCCAGAGAUCCAGCGGUUGUUCCCCUACGCGGACAUCCAGUAUAUUCCAGACGCGAGCCACUGGAUCCAUGCAGAUAAACCCUUAGACUUCAUCAGCUCCAUCAUAUCCUUCCUGCAGUCCUAGCUUCCUCCCGUUCCCUCCUCCCACCUGAACUUUUGCGCUCAGCAUCUCUCCGAGGGUUCCCUCCCUGAAACUGAUGGUGAGAAUGAAGCGGCCUCAGUCACACCAGGUGGAGCUGUUAACAAUGCUAAUAUCCGCCAGUCCUGGACCAAACUCACCCCUUCAGGUCAGUCAGAUCUGACCUCUUACUGCUAGUGUGUAGCCUAGAUGUUGAGAACUUUUUUUUUUUUUUUGUUCCUUUUCUGUGCCAGACAAGUAGUGUUACUAGAUUGGUUCUUACCUAGACUGAUUUUAACUUGGUAGGUAGACAACAGUAAGAAUUUAUUUUCAUUUUAACGCAAGGGAAAUGUUUUGGAGAUGACUUACUAAUCCAAAGAACCUCUCAUUUGCACAGUGUCAUUCUUAACAUCAAGUAGAAUUAUGACUUUAUCAUAGAAAAUUGGCUUUUGGCUAGCACAAUCUGGGACUGCCGCAGUGGAUCAUCAACAAGAUAUUUAAGAUAUGAAAGCCUUGACAGUAAUGGGACAAACGUAAAUAGAGGUGGGAAGCUUGAAUCAGAGGUAGAUCAAGCAGACACAAGUGAACUGUUAGACCAAAAUUGUUCCUUUUUUCAUGAGGGCAUUUGGUGUCGUAUCAGGAGCAUCACUAUCUCUGAAGAAAGGCUGUAAUGCAGACUGUGCAUGUACAACUACUUGUUUUACAAGCAUUGUUUUAUGUUAAUAAGGAUAUGUUUACUGUUUUGGUCUAGAAUUAAUUUGUAUCACAUAUCCUCAGUGUAUAUACAGUAUGUCUGUUUAGGGUUUGAAGGUUGGUUACUCUUAAAAAAAAAUCAGUGUCACUGGAAAAGCUGGCUAUAUUUUUUUUUUUAUGCCAGCAAAAACAUCUACAAGAAACCAAGCUAAAACUCUCAAGUGCAGUAUUGUCAAGCUGUCUCCUGAGUAUCUCAGGUUACAACUGUAUGCUCUAGUUAUUCUCUGUUAUACUAUUAUUAUACUUCUCUCCUGUCUGGUAAUAAGCCAUGCUGUUAUUGCUGUUGUGUCUAUGUAUUUGGUCAAUCUACUCAGUGUUGAGAUGAAAUACUUUUUACUCAGAUUUAUUAUCUGUAUCACAUUCAUUCAUGUACACAACUAAAGCGCAAGACUAUAUGGAUAUGCGACAAAUAUAUGCUGCAACAAUGUACAUUAUCUUAUCGUGAUAGUAUUAAUAACAUCGUGUCUCUUUCAUGAGUUGGAGAAGUACAGUCAAGUAGUGAAACUGCCAUGUGUCCAUUUUAUGAGUAAGCAGGGUGUUGUAUAUUUGUAUGUGCCUCUCUUGUCUAAAGCUUGUUUUUCAUCGACGUAAAACUUGAUUAAAAAAAAAAAAGUUUAUUCUACAGUAACAACUCGCAGAAUUGAGAUUGGCAGCUGGGUUGCCAGUUCUGUGUGAAUUGUGUCACAGGGAAUCUUAACUGGUAAGGGUUUAGCAUGCAUGGCAUUUUGUAUCUCACUUCAUGGCACUGAAUAUUGACUUCAGUCAGUGUUUUGUACUGUUUUCAUUUUAUGUGAAAACCGGGUCUCAAAGACUUUUUAAAUAAUCAGAUUUGGUUUGAGUGAAACUCACCCUCACCUUGUCCCUUUCGGAGUGCUCCAGUAGCCAGGCAACCCCCUCUUCAUCUCAGCUACUGACCAGUGGUCAGAUUUCACUUGUUGCACAGUAUGAAUGGACUGUUGGGGUGAAAAGGGGUUAGCAAAGGCAUUUGUAUGCAGGUCCUGCAUCCGUUUCUGUUGCCUUGCUGUGAGAAAAGAAUGUGUCAAAGAUCGAUUAUAUAGAAAAGUUAAUUUAUUACAUCACGUUGAAACAGUGUUUGAAGACUGUAAUAAUCAGAUCAGGAUUGUGCACUGUAUUUUACAAUGAGCAUGCCUUUUCUCUUUUGUCUUCAGGUGUGAGUUUGCUGUGCUAUAUGCAUAUGAGUAUAUUGAAAACAUUGCCACAAUAAUGACAUCCAUUCUAGAUACUGGCAUAUAGAGAUUUUAAAUGUGUGCGAGAUGCGUAUGAGUAAAUUAUUUAGAUAUACAGUAUCUAUUGAAAAUGUACAAAAUCUACUACUGAUAUUCAAUAAAACGGAAAAACACAACUGAAAAUUGA